AUGGACGAGGACGACGACGCGGCGCCCGAGCCCGCCAAGGAGGCCGCUGAAGCUGAGGAGCCCCAACAGGUGACGCCGGAAGAGACGCCCGCCGAGGCGCCGGCCCCCGCGCCCAAGCCCCAAGAGGAGGACUCGGACGACGACUUCGCGCCGAAGAAGAACCCCUGGGACGAGGAGAACCCGACGCCCGAGGCUACUGGUGAAGUGUUGGAUCCCUACAUACUGUUGAAACGCGACUUUCCGGGGCGGGACGAUGACCUGAGGCAGCUCGGCGUGGAACCGACGAUCGCCCGGGAAAACAAGCCGUUUAAGCUGAAAAAGAAGCCCAUGUCCGCCACCACCCCGGAGCACGUGACCAUGGUCCCCCGCACGGACGGCUCCUCCUCCUUGUUAAAUGCGCCGUGGGUCGCGAAUCGGGCCUUGGGCCACGGCGCGUUUGGCGCCGUCUUCGACGUGACGCUCAAGGGGAAGGACGCGCAGCGCUGCGCGCUGAAGAUCUGUUUUAAUGGAGGAAGGGAGCGGCGCUUCGGCAUCGAGCGCGAGAUCGAGGUCCUGGCCGAGGUGUCGCGGCGGCGGCCCGCGAAGCCGGCGCCGGCGCCGGCGCCCGCGCCCGCGGAGGCGCCCGCGCCGGCACCAGAUCCCACGAGCCUGCCUCCAUUAACAGAGGACGCGCGCAGCUUGAUCGAGCGCGCCGCGCCCCUCGAGAUCCAGACCGAGAACCCCAAGAAGGGCGCCUCCGCAGCGAGGUUCGACGCCUACAAGGGUUCGACGACUGCGAAGGAAUUUUGUGAGAAGGGAGGGACCAAGGCGGACCUGAAAUAUGAUAUUUCCCGCGGCUACACGCGCGUCUUGGACCGAGGGCCUCCUUUAGUUCAUGCUCAAGCUAGAAGUAUACGACCGGCCCAGGCACCACCGGUAGACGGCCCCCAGAGUGUCGGUGGUUUAGCCGACCUCAAGGCGUUCUUCGGCUAUCGAGACGCGUCAGCGGUGGCCAUGCGGCUCGCCGACACGACUUUAUCGGAGUUGGCCAAAGCGUUAAACGCCCAGAAGAUGCGGUUCACGGAGCCCGUGGCCCUAUUCUACGCCAUCGGUGUGCUAGAGGCGUGCCAGGAGAUGCAUCUGGCCGAUUUUAUCCACGCGGACAUCAAGCCGGACAACCUAUGCGUGUCCUACGGGGACCUGACAAGGGUCGGUGCCGGGCCUUCUGUGGACGCAAUUGCGGCCGCUGGCUACAACGUGACGUUGAUCGACUACUCGAUAUCUGUGGACCUCCGGUCGUUCGACAAGGAUCAAAGGUUUCUUGCCAGCGAAGGGUCGCCGUGCCAGGUCAAGGAGUACUCCUGGCCGCCGGCGCUGAAGGGGGCGUCGUGGCGGCGCGAGGUCGACUUAUAUGGCCUGGGUUGUAUAUUGUAUCAAAUGGUCGUGAGCGCGAUCCAGCCCAAAGGUAUCGACAUGACCGUCACUACAUUGGAGAAGAGGAUACCGAGAGGAUGGAACAAAUUGCUGUGGGCUCAUAUUUUAGAUCAAUUGCUCAACGCGAGGGAAUCCGCCGACUUGGGCGAGAUGGCGCGGGAUUUGAGAAGGAACCUGGAGGACGACGUGCUGCAGGGCGACACGCUGCGCCUGGUGGAGUUAUUGGACCACCACCGGCGCCUGACGCCGCGCGACGAGCGCGGCGUCACGAACGGCGGCGGCGCGCCGUCUCCUCCAAAACCGCGCGUGCCGAAGCCGCGCGCGCCGCGGGAGAAGCGCGAGCCCUUCUUCCGGCCGCCGCUGCCCAUGCGCGAGAAGCUGAUCAAGUGGAAGCUCUCGGGCUGCACCGUGGCCGUGACGCCGAUCACGGUCAUCGACACGCGGGAGCAUAUUGUCAGGGCGCUCGACUUCCCGGAUUCCAUCCUCACGCCGGCGCCGCCGGCUCCGGCACCGGCUGCCGAGGCGCCGGCGCCGGCGCCAGCGGCGCCGGCGGACGCGCCGGCACCCGCUCCGGCCUAA